AUGUGGUGGACACUAUUUUUGUUUAUAAUACCGGCGCAGGCGUCGAUCGAAGAACCGCUAAAUAUUACAAGUUCACCAUGCACAGACAGCAAUCACAUAUUCUUAGCACCAGGAGUGCUGACAGCUGGUGGUACAAGCAGGUCCUGUAUCUCCAGGUUCCAUACUGAGGGCCAAGCGAAUGUGGUCCUCACACUUGUGACGGAAAAACAAAAUGUAACUGCGUCCAGGGAGUUAGCACCAGGAGAUGGGGGAUGCAUAGAUAUAUCAGUUCCACCGCAACCAAAUGCAAAAGCAGAACUUAUUGUUAACAUUUGGUAUCCAGAAGCACAAUGCACAUGGGAACGUAAAAUACCCAUCCGGAUAGCAAGUGGUAGGAUAGUGAUUAUCCAUACAGAUCGGGCCCGAUAUCGUCCUGGCGAUAAGAUACAUAUUCGAGCUAUUGUCUUAAAAGCUGAUCUUACUCCUUCACCGACGAAUAUAGAAGAAAUCUGGCUUGAAGGACCACGUGGUGCGUGGGACGGGAUAAAAAUAGAACAAUGGUUAAACAAACACACUCGGCUAGGGUUGGUGCAAGUAGAACAUAAAUUGGAUUAUGAAUCAUCUCCUCCUGGAAAAUGGAGUGUUAGAGCCAGACUAGCCGAUGGAUCACACGGUGGUGCAGCUUUCUGGGUAGGUAACUACGAGCUACCGCCUUUCCAACUGACUGUUCGACAUGCACCCAAAAUAUUAAGGACCAGCGAAAGACUUGCCUGGACUGUUUGUGUGAGGUAUCCAUGGUCGGAAGCAGUGGCGGGGAUGCUAGUUAUCCGGCUGCGGGGCGCGGGAGGCGCGGGGGGCGCGCGCGGCGGGAUACGCACGGCGGUGCGGCUGGCGGCGCCCCGCGCGUGCCACCGCCACGCCGCCGCCGCCAAGCGGAUAGGCUUGAACGGGGACUCCGCGCCUGAUGUUGUCAUUGCUGAUUUCUCUUUCCAGGAAGAGGGCACAAGGGUGUGGCAGAACACUACGGUGGUGUCGCAGGUGGUGGACGAGCCCUUCGCGCUGGAGUUCCUCACUCGCUACCACGCCGUCGUGUCUCCGGGGCUGCCGUACAAGAUCAAAGUGAAAGCAACUCGCUGGGAUGACAAGCCAGUAAGCAACGAGACGGUGCGCGUGUGUCGGUACAAAUCAACUACCUUGGGUGUUUCCAGUUCUCCAGAUUUACAUGAUUCCAUGUCACUCAACUCUUCAAACUCUUCAGACACUGGUGUUUGUGUCGAAGGAGUUACAGAUGAGAAGGGCGUUGCAAGAGUCAUGUUCAGAACUAAUGAUGAUGGGAGCCCUUUUUAUAAUUUUAAGGCGUCGCUGCACAACGCGUCGGCGCGGCUGUGGGCGCGCGGCGCGGGGCGUAGCGUGGCGCGCGCGUCGCUGGGUGCACUGCGCGCGGGCGCGCGUACGCUGCUGCCCCUGUACGUGUCGCUGCCGCGCGCCGCGACCGCCGCGCUCACUGUACACUUCGUUGUAAUAACUCGAGGAGGUAUAAUCUACCGUUGGGGCGCUACCACCCAAUGCCCAACCAAAACUGAUACGUACUUAAUAAUGCCACAUCGUAACGCGACUUGCCCGGGAAUAGAACCCGCAACCGAUGGCAUUGAGUCGGAAAGCUUAGCCAAAGUUCUGCUACCAGUCAAAGUGACUCCGCAAAUGUGUCCGGAUAGUCAUCUUGUGGCGUACUUCCAAUAUGGCGGAGAGAUUGUGACAGCCAGCAAACAUAUGCGGAUGGAUGAAUGUUUCGUUAAUAAGGCAGACAUAACAUGGGCGUCUCGACAAACCCCUCCAGGCUCCAAAGCCACCCUCCAGGUGUCCACCCCCGGGCCCGCGCUCUGCGCCCUCAGCGUGAUAGACUCGGCGGCCACCUGGAGCGUGCAGCGGGACAGCGUGAAGACGCUCAUACUGAAUGGACUGAACCGCCUCAUGCAGGAGCACAGGAACUUGACUGAACAUGACGCGGCCGCGGAAUGUUUCUUAUCCGCAGACUCCCCAGAUUUGCCCAGCACGGGUAUAGAACUGAUGUCCUUUUGGCUAGCGUCUGCUGGAGUGCGAGUCCUAACCACGACACCGCCCGAGCGCUGUUCCCCGUUACCAAACCUCCUCCUCGCUGAUGAUGUCCUGGUACCUAGGAGUGAUUUUUCUGAAUCGUGGUUGUGGCAGCUGGUGGCGGUGGGCGCGGCGGGCGCGGGCGCGGCGACGGCGCGCGCGCCCGACGCCGUGUCGCGCUACGAGGCGACGGCCGUGUGCCUGUCGCGCACCGGCGUCGCCGUGUCGCCGCCCGCUGUACUGCAGGUAUUCCGCGAGUUCUUCAUCCACGCGAGUGGCCCUCAAGAAAUGAAGCGCGGUGACGUCGCCAUUAUACCUUACAGGAUUUUUAAUUAUCUGUACCAGCCUUUAAGUGUUGAGGUGAAGAUAUCAACAAAGGACACAAUCCUCCACUCGGAGACGGUGUGCGUGUCGCCGCGCGCCUCGCGCGCCGCGCGCCGGGAGCUCGCCGCGCCCGACGCGGGCUUCGUACACCUGCGCAUACGCGCCACCACUGUGUACGAUGCCAAGUGCAGUCGCGAGAAGAGAGACGUUAGUGAUGAAGUAAAAGUCGUCAUAAGGGUAAAGCCCGAGGGCGUUACGGAGCGAGAAUACAAGUCAGCACUACUCUGCGCGCCAGAGGAAAACGGUUUAAAUGAGGGUACAUCGGCGGUGACGUGGUCGUGGGCGCCGGUGCAGGCCGUGCCCGGCACGGAGAGGGUCUCCGUGUGGGCCGCGGAGAACGUCGUCGGACCUUUGUUAGACUCAUAUCAGCGGCCCGAGGACAUGGCGCAGCUGCAAGGCGGCUGCGGGGAGCAAAGCAUGGCGCGUCUCGCCAUCAACUUGCUCUCGUUGCAAUCGUUAGACAACAGUUCAUGGGGUCACAUCUCUGCCCAGGUGAAGGUGACUAGAGAUAUAACCCGCCAGCUACAAUACGUGCAUCCUUCGGGUGGUUUCAGCGCUUUCGGAGCUUCCGACUCUUCCGCAUCGACAUGGCUCACUGCGUUUUGCGUGCGAUAUUUGAGAACUGCUUUUAAGGUGGUGUCAGCGCCGCCGCCCCCCGCGCUGGCGGCGGCGGAGCGCUGGCUGCGCGACCAGCAGACGGAGAGCGGCUGCUUCCGUAACCACGGACAUGUAUUCCACUCGGAUCUUAAGGGAGGUCUGAACGAAGACGGUGACGUAUCAAGCGUGGCCCUCACCGCUUACGUCAUAACAUCCCUCCUAGAAACUCCUCUACCUCCAAAGAUCAUACAAAACGCCCUCACAUGUCUCCGAGCUUUUCCCACAAAAUCUAAGAAAGUAUAUCCAUUGUCACUAGUCACAUACGCUUAUAUGAAGUUAAAGUCUUAUGAGGAGAAGAACAACAUGAACAAUUUAAAGGAAGAAGAAGUGACGGCAAUGCUUAAUCGAUUUUUGCACAUGGCUACCGAAGACAACGGUUAUGUGUGGUGGGAUACAGGUAAUCUAGCAACGUCAAUAGAGGCGACGGGCUACGCGCUGCUGUCGCUGCGACACUGCGCGCGUGCCGGGCCCCCCGCGCACGGUGAGGCCCCCGGGCCCCCCGCGCGCUGCGUGCAGGCGGGCGCGGGCGCCGUGCGCUGGCUGUCGGCGCAGCGCGGCGCCGGCGGCGGCUUCCUCGCCACGCAGGAUACACUAAUAGCAGAAGAAGGUCUAUCGGCGUGGGCUCAUUUUAUAAAGAAAGCAGUGGCGACGGUCACUAUCGAGAGCGGAGAACAGAAGGAGAACUUCAAAUUCACCAAAAUGACACCACCAAGGAACUCCACCCAGUUCACAGACAUGAAUGUUUCUCAGCAAUUCAAUGUUUCCAUACGAGGCGAGGGCUGCGCGCUGGUGCACAUGACGCGCGCGUACAACUCGCGGGCGCCGGCGCGCGCGGCGGCGGGCGGCGCGCUGGCCGUGCGCGCGCGCGCCCUCCCGCGGGGCGUCUUAAACUGCGCGGCCGACGUCUGCUUCUGUGCCGCUGUGGUCGAGGUGUGCGCGCUGUGGUCGCGCGCGCUGCCGGCGCUGGCGCUGCUGGAGCUGGCGCUGCCCGCCGGCCACGCGCUGGACGCCGCGCGCCUCUACGCGCUGCUGCCCGCGGACCCGCUACUUCGGAGAAUAGAGGUUACACCAAACAACGGUAAAGCGAGUCUCUACCUCGGCACACGAGACGGGAGCGACACGACACCUCGCGCGGGACACGUCUGCUACAACAUACAUACAGUCGGCCCUCGCACAAAAACUAAACCAGCAUAUGCUAAGAUCACUGAUUAUUAUAAUCCUUUAAUCGUGGACACACAGAUGUAUACCAUCCCAGAGGACUGUCCUUCUCUAAUCGCUGAAGAAGUAAACGAUUAUAACGCGUCAGAUAAUCUCUUCAACAAAGCUAGAUCCUUAACAGGAAGCGGAGAAAUUAUUAUCUCAUACGAAUAUUCUCUAGAUGACAUACCUGAGGGUAUUCCUUUAGAAGACCCUAUUUAUGAUAAUCUCACUAAAAGAGAUGAUAAUAAAAAGAAAAAUGAUAAAAAUAACAAAACACAAAACACAACUCAUAAAAAUGUUAACGAUUACAAUAGAGUGAAAGAGAAUGAUAUCUUAGUAAAUAACAAUAAAUUUAAUACUGAAGAUUUACUGAAUUUAAGGAAAAUUAAUAAAACAUUAAAUAAUUUAAGCGACAAAGGUGAAAUAAAUAAUAAUGUUGUUAUACUUCAAAAAGAUAAUCAAAAUAUAUCAAUUGAAAAUAAGAUUAUUAACCUUAAAGAUAUUGUAAAUGUAAAUACUAAUAAAGAAAUAUCUAGAAAUGAUAAAACUAAACUAAAUGAUGUGAACAAUGAAGUAAAUUCUGUUACUCUUCAAACUGAAGUAAAGGAACACAAAAUACAUAUUAGAGAAGACUCUGAAGAAAGUAAUAACACAAAAGAUCAAAUUACAACGGAAAAUGAUAAAAAAGAGGACAAAAUCCACAAUGUGAAAGAGAAAGACGCUUUCAAUCCGUCUCUAUCGACGUUUCACGUGAUAAAUUCUGAGAAAGAUCUAGAUGUGCCAUCAGGAAUAGAAGGUCCAGUGCCGGCGGUGAUGCUGCCGCCUAAGAACUUCGUUAUACCCACAGAUAUAGAAGUGCCGCAGUACUCGCAGUCGUGGCGGUCAUUCCCCCACAUACAAUAUUACCAGCCAAUAUUUUAUAAAGACAGUUAUUAUACCAAAAAUAAACACGUAAAUGUUCCAUUUGAAAAUAAUAAAAAUAUAUUUAUUAAU